AUGCUAUCACCGCCAGCUCUUCUGCGUCUCAUCGUAAGAUCCCAGACGCGUCAUGUCAGUCAUUACAGCGCGGUCUCCCAAUCUGGCCGGGUCGCUGAACGUAAUGUCAUCGAUGAACUGGAAUCGAGAGGCUAUGUCUCUGCCUUGACGAAUCCUGGAUUACGCCAGCAUGUAGCGUCGCCGUCAUGCCUAUACGCCGGUGUCGACCCUUCCGCCUCAUCUCUGCACGUUGGGAAUUUGCUGCCCUUGAUGGGAUUGCUGCAUUUCAAGAUGGCAGGCCAUAAGGCUAUAGCUAUAAUAGGCGGAGCUACCGGUUCAAUAGGUGACCCCUCCGGCCGAUCUACCGAACGCAACGCCCUCGCAUCAGACGAGCUAGACCGGAACGUCCGCGGCAUUACCGACCAGGUAGAGCGAUUCUUUCAGCUCGGAUCAGAGUACGCAGGCCGGAGAGGCGGGUACGAAAGGGCGGUAGAUGAGGAUGCGAUACGAGGCGAGCUGGAGGUGCUGAACAAUUUGGAGUGGACGCAAGGUGUGGGCUUGUUGGACUUCUUGCGGACGGUAGGGAAGAUGGCUAGGGUGAAUGUGAUGCUGGCAAGGGAUAGCGUUAAGAAUCGCCUGUCGUCAGAUUCCGGCAUAUCCUAUACCGAGUUCACCUAUCAACUCCUCCAAGCCUCCGACUUUCUACAUCUCUACCGCACGCGAAACUGCACGAUCCAGCUCGGAGGCAGCGACCAAUGGGGCAACAUCGUCGCCGGCAUUGACCUAAUCAAGCGGAUGGCGGCAGAUGAGGCUCGGCAGGAUGUCCAGGAUGGAUCAGGGUUAGAGGAAGGGAAGGGGAGGGAGCCGGCGUAUGGCUUGACAAUACCGCUCUUGACGACGAGCUCGGGGGAGAAGUUUGGAAAGUCGGCGGGGAACGCUGUUUGGCUGGAUCAGCAGCGGACUAGCGUGUCUGAUUUCUAUCAAUUCUUCUUGAGAUCAACCGAUGAGGAUGUCGAGCGGUAUCUCCGCAUCUUCAGCUGGUUGAAGGUGGACGAGAUCGACGAAUUGAUGACACAGCACUUCGUGAAUAAGAAGGCUCGGACGGCGCAAAAGACUCUAGCGGACGAAGUCACGGAACUUGUACAUGGUGAACAAGCAGUCAAAAAGGCUCAAACGGCGGCAGUCGUCCUCUAUCAGACAAAUCCUCGCCUCCUAAAAGCGGACGAUAUCAUCUCAGCUUUCGAGGGCGACCCGAGGUUUCAUCGAGUUACAUGGAGCGACAUCAAGGGUCUGCCUGUCACAAAGCUGGCGGUGCAGUAUGGGCUGUGCAAAGCGAGAGGUGAGACAGUUUUCUCUGUCCAAGCUGGGGGCUUGUUUGUCAAUGACCGAAAAGUCAAUGAUCCGCGGUAUUUGAUCGUCAGGCAGGAAAUGGUCCAGCAUCGGAUAGCGAUUGUUCGGCUGGGCAGCAAGAACCACAUGAUUCUGUGCGUAGAGGAUUAG